CCAGUCCUCGCCCCUCUCUAGGGUGGAGCUGCUGCAACCCAGAAGGACGUUGACACUCGAGACCCGUGGAUUCUGCGUUUCUGUGGCUUGCCGCGGCGGUCAUGGAGGGAGAUACUGCUGGCGAGGCUGAUGCGGCCGAAGUGCUGCCCCAGCACAAGUUUGACUGCAAGUCCCUGGAGGCCUACCUAAACCAGCACUUGCCUGGCUUUGGGGCUGAACCCGGGGUCACACUGACCGUUGCUCAGUACAGAUCAGGACAAUCCAAUCCAACCUUUUAUCUCCAAAAGGGCUUUCAAGUGUAUGUACUCAGGAAAAAACCACCAGGUCCACUUCUUCCUAAAGCACAUAAGAUUGACAGAGAAUUUAAAGUCCAGAAAGCCUUGUUUUCUGUUGGAUUCCCUGUUCCCAAGCCUAUACUGUACUGCAGUGAUGCAUCUGUCAUUGGAACAGAAUUUUAUGUGAUGGAACAUGUGCAGGGUCGAAUCUUUCGUGAUCUCUCAAUACCUGGAGUUAGCCCAGCAGAACGUUCAGCCAUAUAUGUGGCCAUGGUAGAAACCUUGGCGCAGUUACAUUCCUUGAAUAUACGGUCAUUGCAGCUGGAAGAAUUUGGUAUAGGUGCUGGGUACUGCAAAAGGCAGGUAUCAACCUGGACAAAGCAAUAUCAAGCUGCAGCUCAUCAGCACAUCCCUGCCAUGGAACAGCUAUCUGAGUGGUUAAUGAAAAACUUGCCAGAUAAUGACAAUGAAGAGAAUUUGAUCCAUGGAGAUUUCAAACUAGAUAACAUAGUUUUCCACCCCAAAGAGACUCGAGUUAUAGCCGUACUGGAUUGGGAGCUUUCAACUAUUGGGCAUCCUUUGUCAGACCUAGCUCAUCUUUCCCUGUUCUACUUUUGGCCAAGGACAAUUCCAAUGAUAAAUAAACGUUUCUCUAUUCAAGAAAACACAGGGAUACCAUCGAUGGAAGAACUGAUUUCAAUAUAUUGCCGCCAUAGAGGAAUUAAUUCUGUUCUUCCUAACUGGAAUUUCUUUCUUGCCCUUUCAUAUUUUAAAUUUGCUGGAAUAGCACAGGGAGUAUAUAGUAGAUAUCUUCUGGGAAAUAAUUCAUCUGAGAAUAGCUUUCUAUUUGCCAAUAUGGUGCAACCUCUGGCAGAAACUGGAUUACAACUCUCAAAAAGAACUUUCAAUACUGCAUUACCACAGACUGAUACUACCAGACAAUUAUUUGUACAGACAAGGAGAGGCCAGGAAGUUCUUGCUAAGGUGAAGCAGUUCAUGAAACAACACAUCCUUCCAGCUGAAAAGGAGGUAAUUGAGUUCUAUGUUCAAAAUGAAAAUUCAGGGGACAAGUGGAGAAAACCUUUAGUGAUAGAUAAACUCAAGGAAAUGGCCAAAGCAGAGGGCCUCUGGAACUUGUUUUUGCCAGCUGUAAGCGGUAUCAGCCAGGUGGACUAUGCCUUGAUUGCUGAAGAAACAGGAAGAUGCUUUUUUGCUCCAGAUGUCUUUAACUGCCAAGCACCAGACACAGGGAACAUGGAGGUGCUGCACCUUUAUGGAAGCGAAGAACAGAAGCAGCAGUGGCUUCAGCCUCUUCUUCAGGGGAACAUUACCUCCUGCUUCUGUAUGACAGAACCUGAUGUAGCUUCAAGUGAUGCCACAAAUAUUGAAUGCAGCAUCCAACGAGAUGGCGAUAGUUAUGUAAUUAAUGGCAAGAAAUGGUGGAGCAGUGGAGCUGGGAAUCCCAUGUGCAAAAUUGCAAUUGUUUUGGGAAGAACUACAAAUAUUUCUGUCUCCAGACACAAACAACACAGCAUAGUUCUUGUUCCUAUCAACACACCUGGAGUAGAAAUAAUAAGGCCUCUGUCAGUUUUUGGCUAUAUGGAUAAUUUUCAUGGAGGACAUUUUGAGAUCCAUUUUAAUCAAGUACGAGUGCCUGCCACCAAUAUAAUACUCGGUGAAGGUAGGGGAUUUGAAAUUUCCCAAGGCCGCCUUGGACCUGGCAGAAUCCACCACUGUAUGAGAACGGUCGGUUUGGCAGAACGCGCUUUGCAGAUCAUGUGUGAACGGGCAUCGCAAAGGGUAGCCUUUGGGAAGAAACUGUAUGCACAUGAGGCUGUGGCUCACUGGAUUGCUGAAAGCCGCAUUGCCAUUGAGGAGAUCCGCUUGUUGACCCUGAAAGCCGCCCACAGCAUAGACACUCUGGGCAGUGCUAGCGCUAAGAAGGAGAUUGCAAUGAUCAAAGUGGCUGCCCCACGGGCCGUCUGCAAAAUUAUAGACCGGGCCAUCCAGGUGUGUGGAGGUGCUGGCGUUUCCCAAGAUUAUCCUCUGGCUAACAUGUAUGCCCUCACUAGAACUUUGCGCUUAGCAGAUGGGCCUGAUGAAGUCCACCUCUCAGCCAUUGCUAAGAUGGAACUGCGAGACCAGGCCAGAGGCCUGACAGCCAAGAUGUGAGGAGAGUGACACCGCCAUAUCCCUCAGGCCAAAACUCUCAUUCGUACAAACUUACUGGACUCCAACAUUUGACUCUCAUAUUUUUGCAGGAGUUUGAGCACAGGGUUAAUUUCUUGUGAUAAAGAUUUUAGCAUCUAUUUUGAUCCGUGGGUUUUAUAAUUUCAAGGAUUGCACAGGUUUAAAUUAAACAAGAAAUUCUA